CGUGAUGCGUCGCGCUUAUGAACAGCCCUUAGUCGUGGUAUAUUUAUUGGCCAUGUACCACACCUCCUCGGCCCUUAUUGCUUAAAUAUAUUUCGUAAUGGGAACCUGUACAUUAAAACGUGGCUUGCUGCUUUUGUGUUUAGUUCUCGCGUCCUAAUUUUGGAUAUUUCAUUAAAUUCCAUGUAUUAUUUGGGCCAGGGAGGAAGAGGCGAAGUUUUUCCAUGGGAAUGUAAAAUACACAUCCGAGAAGGUCUCUGUCACAGAUGAAAGGGGAGUUUGUAAGUCGCUCUGGAUAAGAGCGUCUGCUGAAUGACUUAAAAAAAAAUGUAAAUGAGUUGAUGCAGUGGCUCUUGCAGUGUUCAAAACAACGGAAACUCGUAAAUCUCCGACUUCAAGUGCGUUCAAGACAACCGUGAACUCGGGGGAAAAUGCGCUCCGACAGGAAAAUAAAUAGUUUUGAAUGGUUAUCCAACUCGAAAUUCUAAGCCGGAAACUCGGCCAUCUUUCUAGAGCUCCUACUUUCCGACCUAUAGAGAUCACUGAUGUCAUGACUGACCUCGUUUUUUCAAGUUCCCGUUUGUCUUCAAAGCACCAUAAGGUCCUGUCCAGUAAUGUAAAGUACUUAAGUAAAGAUACUUUAAAGUACUACUUAAGUAUUUUCGGGGGUGGGGGGGAUCUGUAAUUUAUUAUUUAUAUUUUUGACAACUUUCUUUACUUCAUUACAUUCCUAUUUCAAUUUGAAAUAAUGUAUUAUUAUUCUAAACCAAAUACUUUUAGACUAUGGGUGGUAGCUAGCUACCUCUUGAUGUCUGUUAAUUUUAUUUUAAGGGCAUCGGUAUCAGAUAAACUUCAGAUUCAGGGUAAGUCCUCCCCCAAAAUUCAAUAAUAAGUACUACUAUGUGUAUUAUACAUUUAGACUUUAUAGGAAAGCCUUAUGAAGGGAUUAUAUUAGUGAUGGGGAACUGAGGAUUUCUGAAGGCUUUCAGCGCAUUCACCAAAUUGUGCCUGAAAAAGAGUUCAUUACUCUGAGGUUUUUUAUCUGUUCACAAUGCACAUUAGUGACAUCUGUUGGUUAAAUAUCAGCAUGUGAACAUCAGAGCAGUUUUUUUAACACUGUUUUCAAUAAAACUGUGGUGCAGCGAUACGUUGUUGGCUUUAGUAGCCUAUAAUCAGGUGUAAUACCAGGUUCACAUUUUACAUCAUGCUUGCCUUUUUUUGCUCAGUGAUUUUAUGGCCCAAAUAUCCAUGUCUGUUGCAAAGUUCAUAAUGCUUCAAUAGGAGGCACAUAUUUGGCCCUCUUGCAUAGCAUGGGAUUACAUCAUCCAAGGUAUUUUAUUUAUUGAUUAAUUAACAAACCUUAAAGGGAUGAACUAACUAUUCUCCUCAUCUCAGCUAUGCAUUGCCCACUAAGAGCACAGAAGUCAUGGUCAUGCCGGAGCAAGGGACCGACCAAGAUGUAUGUAGACGCCAUCCUCAAUACCCAUGAGCGAAUUGUUCAGAUACCGACGACUUGCCUUGAAGUACCAUCCUCACACAAACAGCAAACAGGGUGCCUAUGAAAAAUUCAAUCAACUUGCCGAGGCCUAUGAUGUUUUGAGUGACCCUCGAAAAAAGGCAACCUAUGACAAGUUUGGAGAAGAGGGUCUGAAAGGAGGUAUCCCACUUCAGUCUGGGGAGACUGGAGCUUGGACAUCAAGAUACAUCUACCAUGGAAACCCAGACAAGAUAUUCAGGCAGUUUUUUGGAGGUGACAACCCAUUCGCAGACUUCCACAUGAAAGAUGGGAAUGAAGUGGCCAUUGGGUUUGGAGGCCUGCGAGGAAGAGGAGUGAAAACACAAGACUCCCCCAUUGAAAGGGACCUUUACUUGGCCUUGGAAGACCUCUUCUAUGGAUGUACCAAAAAGAUCAAAAUAUCUCGUAGGGUCAUGAAUGAAGAUGGACACACAUCCAGUAUCAAGGACAAAAUAUUGACUAUCAUUGUAAAACCAGGAUGGAAUGAAGACACUAGGAUAACAUUCCCAAAGGAGGGUGAUCAGGGACCCAACAGUAUUCCUGCAGAUAUUGUGUUCAUUGUGCGGCAGAAGAGUCAUCCCCGGUUUGCAAGGCAACACAAUGACCUGGUCUUUACAGCCCAGAUCUCUCUGGAGAAGGCUUUGACUGGAUUCGCUGUUGAAGUGAAGACACUAGAUGACAGGAUACUCAGUAUCCCCAUCAAUGACAUUGUGCAUCCAAAAUACAGCAAAGUGGUGUCUGGAGAAGGCAUGCCUCUGUCCCAGGAUCCCUCCCAGAGAGGAGAUCUCAUCAUCCAGUUCGACAUUCACUUCCCUCAAAAGCUCUCGGCGGAGAAGAAACACCUGAUCAACCAAGCUCUAGCUUUCUGAAUAAAACAGCCAUUAUAUACAGCCUAAUUGCAAAUCUCCUUCCUUGGACCCCUAUUUGAGAAUGGUGUUCUUUGCCAGUAGGUACAGGUGAGAUUGUGAAGUUAUUUGCAUAAGAGAAGCAACUUAAAAAUAUAUUUUAUUGUCAGAAGUUAGUACUUAAAAAGACACUAGAGUGAAAGGUGAGUGAAAAGUAGUUAAAAAGGAAACUACAUGGGCCACAUUUGUUGUUGAAUAAAAUUUUAAAAAGCAACAACAUCAGCACAGGGUCACCCUCUACUGCAACCAAUGGCCAGGUCUACAGAGGAGUGGUGUAGUUUUGGCGGGCAGCCAUAAUGGCACGUUUCAGCUGCUCAUAUGUAACAAACAUCACCACGUUCCAUGAGCCCAGUCGGAGGAAAGAGGGCAUGAACCUGUAGGGAGAGAAUAGAGACAACUUAGAUCCAGGCAAAAAUUCAAAUAAAUGGACCAGGUUGUUUGACAUUCAUGAAUGUUACAAAGCAAGCAGAAACACCGAAUAAACCACUGAUUGAGAAGGUGUUGCAACCCAAGCCAGGAGACUACUCCGUAGCAACUAAAACGCAUGGCUUACCCUUUGUAGAAGGCAAGGGGUCCCUCCUUGGUCACCAUGGCAAUAGCACAGUUGAGGGCGCCGCUGUACUGGCCGAGGGCAGAGUUCAUAUAUCGCGUCUUCACCACAUCCACAGGAGAGGCAAUCACAGUGGUGCAGAAUCCUGCACCAAAUGCAGAUGUGAAGUGGCAGGGGAGGUCAUCUGUUGGGUGAAUGGAAUGGGUUAAGGAGAGGCAUCACAAUACCAGAGGGAAGCAUGACAGUUAAAAGUCAGUCAUUCUGCACAAUAUGUGGCAAGGCAAUGGCUCACCAGUCAGGGGUGUGUUUCUAAUAAGUAGGUCUUUGAUUAAGUCAUAUGUAACCAGUUCAGUGCAGUUCACGAUAGCAUUGCGGACAAUGUUUGGGCCAGUACCUGCAAGGUGGGGAUGGAAAUGUUAGCAAUACUGCUGACAAAAACAUUUGACAAAGGCACAUAUGAUCCUUAUGAUAAAGCAAACAACCACCUCUCCACAGGCCACGGAUGCCCUCUUCCUUGGCAAUGGUCUUGUAGGCCUCCAUGGUGCCAUGGUAACGCCGGUUUAGCCCAGAGGAACUAGUCUGUGCCUGAAAGCGCACCUUCACCACAUCUGUGGGUUGGGCUAAUGCGACUGCCAUGGCUCCAGUGGUACAGCCCGCCAGCAGACGACUGCCAAUCCCUACAUCUGAAGAGAGAAAUGGGCAAUCAGAACAGUUUGAGUAACAUUCAAUAGAGAAUAAGUAUCAAUUUAAAAAGGUUGAGGUUGAUAUACAGUAUGUGACAUGUACUCACGGUCAGAGCCUUUGGUGUAGAAUGACUUGACAGAGUCGUAGAGGCCGAUGCGGACAGAGGCAAAGCUCAUCUGCCUCUGGAGCCCUGCCACCAGCCCGCUGUAGAGGCUCCUGGCACCCUCUGUACGCACCAUGGUGGUGAUGGUACCAAACACACCCCGAUACCGCACUGCCGUGCCAUGACCAGCUGCCGCACCUUUUCCCUCUCCCUGGAUCUGUGCGGAACGAAAGGGGCAUGGAGAGACUUAACAGACACUGGGGAGGGAGCACUGGCAGAUGUGGGAGGAGAAUCCAGCCACUAGAGUCCACAAUGCUAGGUCCAGGGCCUGCCAAUUCCUAGGGCUUAACCAUCCUGGGCCACUUAGUUGGGGGAAGGAAGUCAGGAGGGACAAAAUUGAAAGAAAUAGAAUGCACAAGUCAGUUUUAAUGUUGGAAAAAUAAAAUGAGGUGAAUACAAUUAACCAAAAAUGAAAGGGGUCAUCUUGGGUCAGUAAUGGAUUUGGGUAUCAUUUUGUGGACCAACCAAGUUCCCAAAUGUGGACCCAAGACAGUAAUAAUGAGUUAGAGACAAUAUGAUUGAUGCAGCAGCAAUCUCAAGCAUCCCUUAAUCCCUUUUAGUAUGAUGGCUCACCACGUUUGACCUGUCAAAUGAGUUCUUUUGGGUGAUUUCAUCAGAGAAACGGUGACCAGUCGUAACCAUCCUGGGUCCCCAACAGCUAAAGGGGGCAAUGCUUGGAUUCUCCAUUAAAUCAUACUACAAUAGAGGACCCCACCAGUUCAUUUCAACAAACACAUGCUCCUUAGGCUUACCUGUAGCCGGACUUUGGCUGUGUCCAAUGGAAAGGUGAAUAGGUCAGCAAUGCAGGCCGCUGUUCCAGCACCAAUAAACUUCACAGCAGCGGUUGGGGGCACAUCCGCAGGUCUGAAGCCAACCAUUUUAUCAAGAUGAAUGGAAUGUGAAGAUUUAAGAAGACUGAUGAGGUGAAGACGAGACAGGGAACUCUACCCAAUUCUGAAACAGGAGGGACAACACAAUUUUACAAUGGCAAUAUUCAUAAUUGUCACUGACAUGUUGCCAAAUCACAAUUGUAUGUUGACUCAAGUGACUAGACUAUGGGAGCCUACAGUUGACCUACUGGGCUUAAGGGGCCAAAGCACAUGCAGGAGUGGCAGCAAACUUGUUUCAACAGACCUCACUUUGUGGUCUACUCAAUUUUCGGAACAGACCUCACUUUGUGGUCUACUCAGUAGUGGUUGACAGGAAAUAACUAGUCAAAGGGAGAGCUGUACCCUGUUCACGCUAUGCUGAAGCAGGCAAUGAGCAACCCAUUUGAUCAACACCGUGCGUGCAGGGAUAAAAUGUAGCGACCGGAAAACUAAACAAUGAACUUCUAAGUAACAGGCAAGCCAAUAUUAAAAUUGUUGAAAUAUAAUACAAUUAAAAGUUGAAGACCUUCCAACUUACUGUUUAUCUAAACAAAAAAAGUAGUCAUUACAUCUGGAGAUCGGGCAAAAGAACUUGAAGUUAAACGUUAUACAGUUCCUGUAUAUUAUGACUACUUUACCGUCACUUAAGGGAACCAGGACUGUGAAAACAGAGAUCAGGAUUCUCUAAAGGCGUCUCUCUGGUCGAAAUUACUUUCAACUAUGAUUUGAUUGCCUUUUUCUUCCAUAGAAAAACGUUCAAAAACGAUGUAUCCUAAAAACAUACUACAAAUUCUGAAAAACAAGACGGCAACAGGUUAGUCAACAUCUGAUGCUAACACCAACCAGUAUACAAGAAAAAUAACACUAUCAAAGCAUAACGAGUGACAAUUUAACUUUACAUUCUCCAUCAGUAAACUUUUGACAGGCCUAUGAACAUAAAUUUGUUUACCUUAAAUAAAAUAGUAAAAAUUGGAUUAGGAAAACCGGUGAAAUCCUUUUGUGCUGAUACCUCGUGAUAACACGUGACUUCCUAGUCGAUACAGCUGUAAAAGAACAACAGCAGUUUUUUUAUAACCCAUUAAACCCUGUUACGUCAUGAGAAGGCAGCUGUGUUUGUUCUCAGCACAUGCUGGUUGGUGGAUACGAGCCAAACUGGCCCUGCCCUGUUCUCGCGUAGACCUUAUAGUUGCUUGUGAUUGGCCCAUUCAAUUGCCACACCUCUACCAUUCCACACAACUUCCAACCAAACAUGUAAUGUGUUUUAUUAUAUAAACUGGGUGGUUUAUUAUAAAUUGGGUGGUUCGAGCCCUGAAUGCUGAUUGGUUGAAAGCCAUGGUAUAUCAGACCAUAUACCAUGGGUAUGACAAAACAUGUAUUUUUA